AUUUUUUUUUAUCCGUUUUUCAUUGAUUUUUUUUUUAUUAUUAUCUUUGCGUACGUUUCCUUUGGUUUACUCAUUAAUCACUUUUAUUCGAAUUCUCUGGUUUACUUUGCUUUCUUUUUGGUCAAGAUCUAUGCAUCCAAGCAAGAAAACACAUAUCAAAAAAGAUCGUUCAAGCCAAAAUCUUAUCGCUCAGACAUCCACAUCGAUGGCUUCUGAUUACCUCGCUAUGACCAUCCUUUGUACUACUAUCCCUCAAGAUGACAAAAAUGUGACACCACAAGAAGAUCCUCAAGAAAAAAAAGCAAGACUUUACAAGACUGAAUUCUGUCGUAACUGGGAUGAAGAAAAUGCUUGCAAAUAUGGGGAUAAAUGUCAAUAUGCUCAUGGACAAGAUGAUUUAAGAUAUGUACAACGCCAUCCAAAAUACAAAACUGAAUCCUGCAGAACUUUUGAAACUUUGGGUACAUGUCCUUAUGGUAUUCGAUGUACUUUUAUUCAUGAAACUCAUUCUCCACAAGAAGAUCGUUCUCUCUCUUCAAUCUCGACUUCAAGUUCAACCUCUACCUUAUCCAAGUCUUCCUCUGAUGUAACAAGAAAGAACACUAUAUCUUCAGAUGAACAAACAAAACCAACUCUUGCUCCAUCAUCCUCUUCAUCUUCAUUACAAUCAUACCCUAACAUCUGUACUCCUUUUUUACCUUUCUCUGACAAUACCACAAGACAAGUCUCUGAACAACAACAACACAGUCAAUUGGAUAAUUACUUUGUAUAUCGACAAUCAGAUCACUCAUCAAAACCCUUCUUUUUACCUCAUGAAUUGAUAACCGCAUUCAACAACUGCAAGAUGUCUGCUACAAAUUCCAAUUCAAACUCCAAUGGUUUCCAUUCUGCUCUAGGUUUAUCUCCUCCUUUAUCUACUGGAUCCAUCUGUAAAUAUUGGAAAGGAUAUCAAUAG